AUGGAGCAUCAAGUCGAUACUGCUACUGAUGCCUCAAUCUCCACCAGUCCAGUUGCAUUACCACCACUACCACAUAUGUCCAAUGCCAAACCAUUCCCCAACAUAUCCAAGAUCAAAGUUUUCAACGGCAACAAUUUCAAAAGGUGGCAAGAAAGCGUUUUCUCUAUAGAUGUGCACGGUGUGGCUUUUGCACUUACGGAGGAAGCGAAACAAAUAUGGGACUCCAUGACUGCAAAGUACACUGCCGAAGAUGUGGGCAGACAAAAAUUUGUAAUUGGAAAUUAUUAUCGAUGGGAAAUGUCCGAUGAUAAGGAGAUCAAGACACAAAUCAAUGAAUAUCACAAGCUAGUGGAGGACUUGAAGGCAGAAAACAUCAACUUACAAGAAGAAUUUCUUGCGGGUCUGUUGAUUGAAAAGUUGCCUGAGUCUUGGAAUAACUACAAGCAACAACUCAAGCACAAGGACAAGCAAUUAUCACUAGCCGAUCUGAUCGUGCAUAUCAUCAUUGAGGAUACAACUCGCAAGGAGAUCGAAGCUGCCAAAGCUAAGGAAAUUGCUACGAGGGCAAAUUUGGCCAACAUUGUGGCCAAUGUGAAAGAGUGGGUGGUAGACUCAGGUGCUACCAGGCAUAUUUGUGCAAACAAAAAUGCCUUUUCCUCCUACACGCCAGUAGGGGAAGGAGAAGAAAUUAUUUAUCUUGGUGAUUCAAGAACAGCUCAAGUUCUUGGGAAAGGAAAAGUUCUUCUCAAGCUCACAUCUGGCAAGACUUUGGCCUUGAAUGAUGUAUUACAUGUCCCUAAUAUAAGGGCAAACCUGGUCUCAGUAGUGCUUUUGGGAAAGGUUGGGGGUGAAGGUGUCAUUCGAAUCUGA